AUGCAACCAAAGAAUUAUCAGCAUAUCUUGGCUGCUGUGUUUGCUGUUAAUGAGAUCAACAAAAAUCCUAGGCUUCUAUCAAAUAUCACUCUGGGUUUCCGCCUAGUGGACAACUAUUACAUGGGAAUUCUGAAUUAUUUGUAUACAUUACAGCUGCUUACAACACGAAAAAGAGGAAGCUAUAAUUAUAGAUGUGACACACAAGAGCAGCUUUUGGCCAUUGUUGGGGGACUUGGCUCUGAAAAUUCCAUCCAAAUUUCAAAUAUUAUAGGCAUCUACAAGAUACCACAGAUCAGUUAUGGUUCUUUUGAACCUGUGCUGAGUGAUAAAAUCCAGUUCCCAUUCUUCUAUCGGAUGAUCCCUAGUGAAUCAUUACAAUUCCAAGGAAUAAUUCAGUUACUUCUUCAUUUCUCGUGGAAGUGGAUAGGCAUAAUGGCACCAGAUAAUAAUGGGGGAGAAAUGUUUUUGAGCUUCCUGGUCACAUUGCUCCCAAAACAUGAUAUUUGUGUGUCAUUCACUCAGGCUUUGGCAUCAAAAACUGCCUCUCCAACAGAAAUUAAAACUGAAUUAGAUAAAAUUGAGAAUGCAUACUCUCAAACCAGCGCCAAUGUGGUAGUUGUAAGUGGGGAUUCCCGGGACCUCCUCAUGUUCACAAUAUGGAUGGAUUGCAAUGUCUAUUACAGAAAAGAAGCUUUCAUAAGGAAAGUUUUGAUCAUGACUGCUCAGUGGGAUUUCACUGCUGUCAAUUCCAGGGGGCUCUGGUUUCUGAAACCUUUCCAUGGUGCUUUGUCUUUCACAAUUCACACCAACACUGUGCCAGGAUUCCAAGAUUUUCUUCACUCGCUGGAUUCUCUACACCCUAAAGGUGAUAUCUUCAUCAAGGAAUUUUGUAACUUUGCAUUUAGACAGGGCUCCUAUAAUGAAGAUCUGGACUUUGAGAAAGAUCAGAUAAGCUGCAGAGGAAAAGGAAAGAUGGAGUCCUUGCCAGCAGCUGUUUUUGAAAGGGUCAUGUCAGGCCAAAGCUACAGUACCUACAAUUCUGUACAUAUGGUAGCCCAAGCUUACCAUGAAAUGCAUUCUUAUAGUUCCAAGCACAGACAACUAGAAACACGUGAUGGGUCAAGGUUUCUGAAUAUUCAACAGUGGCAGCUUCAUCAUGUUUUAAAAACCAUUGGAUUUAACAAUAGUGCUGGGGAUGAAAUAUAUUUUAAUGAGGACCAAGAAUCUAUGGAUGGUUAUGACAUUGUGAAUUGCAUCGUCUUCCCAAAUGAGUCUUUUUCUCAGGUAAAAGUUGGAAGGGUGGAGCGACAGAGUCAGAAAAGCCAGGCUUUCACACUUAAAGAUGAUGCAGUCGUAUGGAAUAGCUGGUUCAAUCAGACAUCACCCCGUUCAUCCUGCACUGAGAAUUGUCAGUCUGGAUACAAUAAACAACUUCGAGAGGGUGAACCAAUUUGCUGCUAUGAUUGCCUUCCAUGCCCUGAAGGCAUGAUUUCUAACACAACAGAUGCAGAAUAUUGCAACCAAUGUCUAGAUAAUGAGCAUUCCAGCCAAGGACAAGAUCAAUGUAUUCCAAAAUCUAUAGACUUUCUGUCUUAUACUGAAACUUUGGGAACUCUGCUAGCUUCCUCUUCUCUCAUUAUGUCUUUCAUCACAGUUCUGAUACUGAUCAUUUUUAUUAAAUAUAGGGAUACUCCACUUGUCAAAGCCAACAACCGGGACCUCACCUAUGCCCUCCUUUUCUUGCUCCUGCUUUGUUUCCUCUGUGCCUUGCUCUUUAUUGGCAAGCCUAGGAGAGUGACCUGCCUUUUCCAACAAAUAAUAUUUGGCCUCAUCUUCUCCGCUGCCAUUUCCUCUGUAUUGGCCAAAACCAUCACAGUAGUUUUAGCUUUCAAAGCUAUACAACCAGGAACCAACAUGAGAACCUGGCUGAGGAAAAGAGUAGUUAACUCGAUUAUGCUUCUCUGCUGCCUUGGCCAGUUUGGACUCUGUGUUGUCUGGCUAGCAGUAAGUCCUCCCUUUCCAGAUGUGGACAUGACAUCCCAGAGCACAAAGAUCACAGCUCAGUGUAAUGAAGGAUCGGUUGCCAUGUUUUAUUGUGUCCUUAGCUAUAUGGGCUUCUUAGCCAUUGCUAGUUUUGUUGUAGCUUCCUUUGCAAGGAACCUGCCUGAUAGCUUUAAUGAGGCCAAAUUUAUUACAUUCAGCUUGUUGGUGUUCUGUAGUGUUUGGGUCUCCUUUGUACCCACUUACGUAAGCACCAAAGGGAAAUACAUGGUUGCUGUAGAAAUCUUUUGCAUCCUAGCCUCUGGGGCAGGAUUACUCUGUUGCAUCUUUUUUCCAAAGUGUUAUAUUAUAAUUGUGAAACCUGGACUUAAUUGCAAAGAUCAUUUGAUAAGAAAACUUAAUUAA